AUGAAUCCAUUCAAUGAAGUUUUUCUCCGAUCGAGGGAGCUGGGCAACGCUGCCCACAUCCUGGGACCACUGGGCACCGACAUAAUCUGCAAGGUGAUCAUCGAUAAGGGCGUGGGCCACGUCAUGAAGGACCAGACGGACGACGGGCACCUGGUGGAGCUGCGGGGCCCGAUCACCCUCCGCACACUGAAUUUCCGCCUCACCGAUGUGGACGGCAACGAGGUGAACACCCGACAAACCAGCGUCUCCUUCGAAAAGCGGAAAUGCCGGAUGAGCAACAGCCCGACCAGGCUGAGAAGGCAGCACGCGCCCAUCGAGUCCGCGGAGCGCAGGCACGCCGCCGACGCAGAGCUUGUGAAACCACCUGCUGGACCUGUUGGGGAUCUUCCCGCAGUUCCCCCUCCCGGGCCUGCUGAGCCCAUGGUGGCCGUGCCCGCUGCUGAGGGCGCCGGAGCCCCAGAGCCCAAGGCAGCGCCCAAGAAGCGCGGGCGCCCGCCCGGCAGCCGAAACAAGCCCAAGCCGCCGCCGGCGACCGUCCCCGCCGACGCUGGGGCAGGUGGUGAGCAGGUACCGCAGGCUCCAGUGGCUCCGGAGCCGGAGCAGCAGCCUGAGCAGCCGGAGCAGCCGAGCAUCUGGGGCUCGUUCCGCCGCUCCAAGGGUACAGGGCGGCGCAGGAGCUUCUGGAAGCAGUACCCCUCNNGGGUGCAGCCGCUGCUCUACAAGCGGUACAACGAGCUCCCGGGCUUCCACGAGUGGCUUGAAAACCGGAGAAUCCGCAAGGAGGGCGAGGAGUACGUCGACGCGGAGGAGAGGCGCGAGUUCGGCCUUCGAGCAGGACGAGGGCUACUCGGCCGGCCCUUCCCCCCGGGCCCGCCCAGGGACAUGCUGCGGCAGAGGAGCUUCUUCAGCGACAGCAGCAGCGACUUCGGCGGGGUGGACCCGGCCCAGGCGCUGCGCAUGGACGGCUUCGACGCGCCCUCCGCGCCCGCGCUUGGCGACAGGCAGGCCGCCGAAACGGCCAUCGCGGGGCCUUGGGCGCGGGGAGCAGUGGCUGGACAUAGAAGCCUUCACCCAGGGUCAUCAGGAUCGACUCGGACAGCGACUCGGCGCCGGGCCCAGCCCGCGCCCAGGGUGCGCCCACGGGCGGCCUGGCAGCCCCUGCCGCCCCGCGCCCAGCGGCAGUCCAGCGGCAGCGAAGGCUUGACCCUAGGAGGGAAAGCACUCCCGCGGCACGCCAUGGAGAACGUCACCCAGGCCGUCCAGGAUGAGCUCAUGGGCUCCCUGGACUACAAGCUCGCGACCUCGAACGUCAAUUACGUCCAAUCCAGGCGCGACGUCCAAUAUUAUCCAUCUUCGCUCUCCACCUUCACCCCGACCACCAGCCGUGUGGCGAGAAUCCCCCUCACCAGCGGAAUGGACUUCAUCGACCCCGAGAGCGUCAAAAUAGCUUUCAGAGUUCGAAACACCGACGGGGCCGGGGGCCAGGUCUUCCCGGGCUCCUUCGAGGGCAGCUGCUUCAUCAAGCGCAUCCAGCUGUUCAGCAACGGCCAGCGCACGGACGACAUCUCCGAGUACGGCCGCUGCUGCUGGCUCUACAGCCUGCUGAAGCCCCAGGAGUGGUACAACGGCCGCGCCUUCGAGGGCUUCUUCCCGACCAACGUCGGGAACCCGCCGCCGAUCCUGGACGGGAACUACAAGGACGUUUUGAUGCCCCCGACCCUCAUCGGGCUCUUCCAGUCGGGCAAGAUGCUCCCGCCGCAACUGAAUCUGGUGCUGGAGAUCGAGUUCGCGGAGGCCGCGGACGCGCUCUGGCCCGGCGGCGCCGGCUCCAACAGCUACAGCAUCGAGAACGUCAGGGUGCUGGCCAGCCAGGUGACCCUGGACUCCGCGCUGGUGGAGUCCUUCAACAAGGUGCUCCUCAGCGGCCGCAGCCUGGUUUUCAGCUAUCCCACGAUGCACACCCAGGUCUCUUCCAUCCCGGCCGGCACCACGCAGCAUAACGUCACGGUGGCGAGGGCCUACACCAAGCUGAUGGGCGCCUUCGUCACCUUCAAGGACGACGAUGAUGCCCUGGGCGAGGUGAUGAACCUGGAGUACCCCGCCAUCAACGGGGCUCUGGAAUCCCAAAGGCAGCUGGGGGCGCUCCAGUACCCCCGCUACCCGAUGGCCAGCCUGGCGGAGCACCACCACUUCUUGGAGAUCAUGGCGGGCACCUGCGAUUCGAAGAUCAAGAACAUGAGACUCAACCGCCUCGAAUACGAGGACACGCAGUUCAUCGCCGCCUUCCCGGUGGAGCGCGUGCCCAAGCACCCGCUCAGCGGCAUCUCGACCCGCUCCGGCAACCUGGCGCGCUUCACCUUCAAGAGCCUGCAGGCGGACCGUGCCCAGAAGCUCUACAUCCACCUCGUCAGCUACCAGAUCGUCCUGUUCGAGAGCACCAUCACCGGCAACAUCUUCGACGGGGCCACCACGGAGAUAACAGGGAUAACCGCCGGCCAACUGGCCACCGUGCUGACGGCGUACACGCCGCUCACCGACACGGCCGCCAACACCGCGGCCAUCGGCACCAACACCGCCGGAGUGGCCGCCAACACGGCCGCGGUGGCGGCGCUGCAGGCCGAGGUGGCCGGGCUGCCAGGCCCGCCCAAUCUUACGCCCGACGCCCUGGCCACCGAUUUGGCAGCCGCCGAAGGCUCCAUAGCAGCCAACCAGUCCAGCAUCACAGCCCUCAGCACCAGCCUCACGACGGGGCUGGCAGGGAAGGCCAACCAAUCCGCGCUGGACGCGCUGCAGCUCGAGGUGGCCGCCAAAAGCACCCCCGCCAGCGUGGACGCCAAGCUGGCGAGCUAUUCCAACACGGCAGCCAUGAACUCUGCCAUCACCUCCGCCAACAACGCCACCCUGGCCACCGUGGGCAGCAGCUACGCCCUGCGCACUGUCACCGAUCAAUUG